AUAUUUGUGUGUGUAGUGUGGUAGACAUGAUGUAUAUAUAAUACUUCGUACUACUUAUCCGGCAUUCAGUCUAAUAUUAUUCUUGAACGUUUCAACAUAUCUUAAACAUUUGUAAUAUAAAGCCAAUAUUUAAACAUGGCAAUUAAUACAGAAGUUAUGAAAGUAUUUGGAUUUUGGAGUAGUGUAUUAAUUUUUAAAAUGCUGGGAGUGGUGCUCCUAACUAUUAGUUACAGAUUUCACAAAAAGAUCUUCCUAAAUCCUGAUGAUACGCAAUUCAUGAAGAAUUCUAAAGUGGGAAUCGUUGAUCCUGAUAUAGAACGUGUACGCAGAAAUCAUCAAAAUGAUCUGGAAAAUAUCCUUCCUUGGUUUAUAAUCACCUAUAUUUGGUUAACAACGAAUCCAUCACCUUGGUUGGCUGGAAUGUUAAUCAGAAGCUUUGUGAUUUCUAGAAUUAUACACACCUUAUCUUAUGCUAUUUAUCCACAACAACCUGCUAGAGCUGUGUCUUUUGGUUUUGGAUUUGCAAUUAUGGGCUAUGAAGCGUUGUCUUCUUUAUUAUAUUAUUCAUAAAUGAUUUUAAAUGAAAAAUGAUAAUAUAUAUUUCAUUCAUUCUAACAUAAU